GUUUGUCUAUUGCAUCAGGCUUACCUAGCCUUUUUACUUUGGACAAUCUUUAUGUAAGGCUGCAAGGGUUAGUUGUUCCUUGUUGAGCCUUGCAAGGAAUUGACUGUGUCCAGCUCCCGAUCUACUCCACCCUUUAAGUAAAGCUCCUUCAGUUGGCAAACCUGGCAAGUUAGAAGGUUAUCAGGCAUUCCCAAAAAUGAUUGCAACAUCACACUGAGUUCAAGUAUCAAACACAGAUGUAUUCCCCUCCCUGCACCGAUCCUGAAAGCGAGGACAACCAGUGCUUCGCAAUCGGAACUAACCUGCUUGCUUCACUAGACCACGCCAUGGAUUUUGAUGAGCCUAUCAUCUUUCCAAUGAGCAAUGUAGGCGUGCAAGAGGGGGUUCAGCUUUAUAAUUCUGCUGGGGAUACUCAGCUAAGUAGAAAUAUGAACACAGGCAAGCGUUUAAAGGGUGGUAAAAGGAAGGGUUCUGGAGAGGACAGUUCAUCACUACAUUCUAUAGAUGAAACCGGUGCAUUGUUGCAGCGAGAAGUCAGCAGAGAGUGUCCUGAUGAGAAGCCAGGUGAUGCUGGUACCAACAGAGAGGACUACGUGCAUGUCCGGGCAAAGCGCGGCCAAGCCACCAAUAGCCACAGCCUUGCAGAAAGAUUUAGAAGGGAAAAGAUAAAUGAAAGGAUGAAACUUCUUCAAGAUCUCGUCCCAGGUUGUAACAAGAUUACAGGCAAGGCCAUGAUGCUUGAUGAGAUCAUAAACUAUGUACAAUCUCUGCAGCGGCAGGUUGAGUUCCUUUCAAUGAAGCUCUCAGCUAUCAGUCCUGAGCUGAACCGUGAUCUCGAUCUGCAAGAUAUUCUUUGCUCACAAGAUGCUCAUGCUGCAUUUGCGGGAUACAGUCCACAAAUGAGCAGCGUGCAUCUUAACCUGUUCAGGGCAUCUCAGCAAGGUUUCUCGCGCCCAGAACCAUACGGGAUGACCCCAAAUCCAGCAAAUGUUCAUGUGGCAAGACCGGUUCAGCAGUUACUUCAGCUACCUGCAUUCCCACAGAGAGGAGUCGUCUGGGACGAGGAACAUCGCACAAUCCUUCCGGAUGCUUUCACUUCAGACGUCGGUGCUGGUGCCUUAGAGAAUUCUUGUGCUUUUCCAGCUUCUCCUCCAUUGCCAUGUUUUGCAUUUCUCCUGCAGGCUGCAGCUGCGUUCAACUUUGUGAAACUUCUGAAGGUCCAUUUUGAUGUUUCAGAUUCAAUGAAAGUGGAGUAACAAGCCUGCGGCUCGAUGGUGAGCACCUCCACAUGAUCACACCUGAAAGCCUUGACAAUGACAAGUUAGUCUGUUCGGCUGCUAUUGGGGAGCUUUUGCAAGUUCCAACGGUGACACGGCAUCUCCUGGGAUGAGCUGAUUAACUUUGGUCUUUGAUGAUGAACACCGUCAUGUACAGUUGGCUGAUCAAGGGGGUGAAAAUUUUGUGAUCUGGUCAAAAGGAUAUUGUACUAUGUUGGCCUGGAGCCCUGGAAUUUGUGGCAUAGCUGGGUUAGUGGUUUCGCGAGUAGUUCCACCUAGUUAUUUGCUUGUAAGAGCAGGUAAAUAAGCUUAUAACAUUUAACUGCAUGCAUCACAAAAUAUAAAAUUGCGGAGGUGGUU